GUCAUCGUAAGUGGUCGAAAUAAGAUAUUGACGCCAAAAAAUUUCAAAUAGGAUCCAACUUACAUUACUGUACAAUGAAAAAUUGUUUAAUGCAUAUCAGCGUCGGCUAAAAUCACAUUUUUUUUAAGUUUUUUUCAUUUACUGUUUAAAUUGUUGCAUUCAAAGGUUUGCUGAAUAUCUGUUUGACUAAAUCUGUUGACUUAAUCUUAUCUUUUUGAUUUUUUGAAUUUUAAUUAAAAGAAAAAGCUCAAUAUAUUUCUUCGAAAAAUUUAUUGCUUGCAUCUAAUGUGAUAUAUUAUAUAUCACUGAUUUUUUCACUAAACACUCUCAAAAUUUAUUACAUGUACAUGUGGAAUCUUUCGAGUUGUUCAUUACUACCAAUCAGUUGUAAAAUAUUUUCAACUUUAAUUUCAAAUGCUAAAUCAAUGGUAAUAUCUUGCAAUAUUCAAUUAGCGUGUGCCAGCCAAAACGUUAUUGGUCACAUAAGUCCCCUUUCGUUUGUUCCGAUUGUAAUUUUAUUAAGGUUGUAAUGUUUUGUUUCGUUUCUGGAAAUUGAUGUUUCUUUUCAUUAAUACUAUUAUUUAACGAAUAAAAGUUUGGAAAUAUUUUUUUUUUGCGUGGACAUUUUCGUUGAAUUUGAAUUAUUGAACAAUUAAUUUCAUUUCAGCAAAGUCUCUUGAUGUGUAUGAUUCAAUGUGAAUAAUAUGCCAUUGCAAUCCAACUAGACACGGGGAAAGCAUUUUUUGUACUGAAUGAAACGUUAGAUUGGUCCUGAAAUAAACGAAUAAAUAUACUUUCUGGAAAGUAAGAUUUUGGAAUAGUUUCAUUCACUCGAAAAAAAUUGUCAUUCGACGUAAGACGAAUUUAUUUCGUAAUUUUUAAAAUUUUGUUGACAAAACUUCAAGAGUUGAAUUUUGUGAAAUGCCCCAAGAAAUACCUCAAAAAAUUAACACUUUUGUAUGGGAGGUACCCGUAAAUCGUCUCCGAUUGGCUUCAAACUUUCUGGGAUUUCAUUUUUUGGGAGAAAAAUGAGAUUCUGAAAGUUUGAAACCAAUCUACUUACCGAUUUUUGGACAAUUUAGUAUGGGAGGUACCCGUUAAUCGAUUCAGAUUGGCUUCAAACUUUCUGAGGUUUCAUUUUUUGGAGAAAAAAUAAGAUUCUGAAAGUUUCCUGUUGAUCGCAUUUGCAGAAGUUAGAUUUUUUGUCCUCAAUUUUUGUCGAAAUUUUCUUGGAAAAAAUUGAGGCCCAGUGAGAUGUGAGAGUUUGGCACCGUAUAUGCAGUACGAGGGUUUCGACACAUUCGAAGUUGAUCGGGUCGGUUGGGUACUCUUUGAAUUCAUUCUGAUUUUACCCUAUUAUAAGGACUUUGAGUUGUUUCAAUUGCUUGCUGACGAAGUCCCAAAAUUUUAACUCGAAGAAACCAUACAGGUUAAAACUUUGUAGCUGUGGGUUUAAACGUCUGAUAUUUUUAACGUCACGUCUUGUGAGUCCACGUUCAGUACCAAAAACUAUUUUGAAGUGUUCAAGCUGAUUGAAUUUGGUUUGAAAGCGUGUGCUAUCGGGGAUAUCCACAAAUAACAAUUCCAAUCGACGAACUUGUGGGAAAAUUUCAUUGAAUUGCGAUUGCUCGGAGCUCAACAUUCCAUACACAAUCUUGAGCUCUUCAACACUUUUGUAAGGCUUCUUUGUUCCGGCAUACGUUAAAUUUGGGCUCGUUGACAUAGUUCAGAAGCUCUUCAUCUUGUCGUUCGGGAUGGCAAAAUUUUAAUUUUAAGAGGCGUACAAUUCUGAAAGCUGUGACCGGUUUUACAAUAAUAAUAGCAUUAUCGAAAAUUUAAAUCGUUGUAUAUGUCCAAUCCCCCGAAAAGUGAGUUCUGUCAAACUCCCAUGUUUUUCGUUUGUAUCGUUGGGCAAGAACUGUAGCUGCCACUUGUCCAAGUUGUUUGUUGGCUUCCGCCAAAUUGAUUAAAUCCAUCAGACCCAAAUAGCUGAACACAUGUCCAACGCAAUCGCUGUUGACGUCAACAAUCUUCAAAUGAGAUGCCACGACAACGUUAUUUGCUGGUCGCUUUCGAUUUGCUCCAGUCUCUCGUUUGGAUGAUUGACAUCAUCGCUUCCUUUUAUUGCUCAUGACCAAAAUGUGAAUCCAAGCUGAAAACCGAAUAAUUUUGAGAUUGCACAAUUUGAUCUUCAAUGAAUAUUCCAUAAAAUCAUCUUACUCGUUAUUAAGGUACAAGACGAAGGUUUGCACUCUUUGUGAAAGUCCGAUAUAAUUUCAACUGAAUUACAAUCCAGCUCAGAAGAAAAAUGUCACGUGUACUGCGAUCGAAACGUGGUCGUGAUGACGAAGCAUAUGAGCCGGCCAAGCGUCAAAAAACAAUUGACGAGGGGGAAAUAGAGGUUAUGAAUAUCAAUGGCUUGAUAAAUAUCAUUGGUUCUAACAAAAAAGUGAACCGUGUUGCGUGCGAGGUUUACAGUCGGAAACAUGGUGAUAAAAUAGUUUGUUUGAGCAUGCAAGAAAUUCCAGUCGAUAAAUCGAAACUGUCGAAAGGCCCUGGAAAGUCGAAUCCAAUUUAUAAGGUGGUGGCCAGUUUUCGUGAUGACAUCGAGAACCAUCCAAAGGCAUUGCCAAUUAAUAUCGCCGAUACAAUUGAUGCUGAGCGAUUCAUACGCGUAUUUGGUCACUUGGUGUCAACGCUCGAAAUCGACUAUGCCGAAAAUGACAAAACUGCUGAUACACGCCGUUGGAAAGCCAUCGAACGGUUGGUUAUGGAACAUUGCAGUGACUCGUUGGUGCACCUCAUCCUCGAGUACAAUGGCGGUGAUGCGUUCAACAAGCUCCGUAAGCCAUUCCCGAAAUUGAAACGACUCUGCCUUAAAAACUGUAUUCUCACAUCGAAAAUCGCACUGACAAUGAGCAAUUUCCCAAAUGUGCACCAACUUGUUGUAGAUCGUCGUGGGUUUGGUGAUCAUCAGCACUUUCUCAACAGCUCAACAGCCUCACCACAACUGAUCAAGAUGGCAAAGAAAAUUGGUACCUUCGUUCUUCCAAACAUCAAAAUGGCCAAUUUGGUGAAUGAUUACGGCGGUCAGAAGUACCUCAUCAUCGAAUUCUUGCAGACAGUCAACAAAAAUAUGCCACAAUUGACACAAAUGGAACUGUACGACCUCGAAUUUAGUACAUCGAUUGGAACCAGGAUCGUUCACUUCGAAAACGUUACAGACCUAGUGAUUUGCCAACAUGAAUCGGCACCGUUGCGAAAUAUUCCACUGUCUUUUGCCAAACUCAAAGAUUUGGAAUUGUUUGGGUUCGCAAGCUCAAAGGCUGCCGUUCUGAGUUUCGUGACAGGAGCGGAGCACUUAUCCAAAUUGAACUUCAACCCUGAUCGAAAGUACGGAAACAUUGACGAUGAAUUGAAGGAAAUUGCUGACAAACUCAAGAACUUGGAGGAAAUAAUAAUCACCGAAUACGUCGACACAUUUAGUGUGGAAGCUCUAAAACUACUCAUUUUGAAUUGCAGCGCGCUACGCAAAGUGCGCAUUCGAUUCUAUUAUGGCAUCAUCCCGAGACGAAAUGCUGUCGCUAAAGAGAUUUCCGAAGCAUUGCCCGAUUGGAAGGUGGCCACAAGUACAAAAUGCUUGAAAACAUACGGUUUCCGUACUGAUCUCAACAUUGAACGGAGCGCAUUUUAAAAUUAGAUUUUUUCUACUACGUAAUUCGGUUUUGGUCGUUUAUAAUUUUGCUUUUGUCCCGUUUCGAACAUAAAGAAUACCGUUGUAUUCUGUGUAAUUUUCUUUAAAGUAGCAUGUAUGCUAUGUAUAAACACAAAUAAAGAUCUACGUAUGAAAUAAGCAUGAAAAAUAAGAAUAAA